UUUGGGUGUCUCCAUGUGACUUGAAAAAGGCAACAAAGACACAAUCUCUCUAUUUUAUUCUCUUUAAUCUCUUUUUUUUUUUUUUUUCUCCAUUCCCACUGGACCUAUUCCCCUGUUUUUUCUUCUGAUAAUCAUUUCCUCCCAUUCAAACUCCCAAAACAAACACCAUUAAGAGACAGUGGGGAAAAAUGAACCAGAAUUCCCAUGGCUUCUUCUUCUUCUUUUUCCUCUCUUUUCUCUUCAUUUUCCUUCUCUUUUCUUCUCAUUCAGCCUCUGCUCGUUUUCCAUCAUCCAAACAAGGUAUAGAAGAAACACACAAGAAGAUCAGCCAUGGAAUGGUCCAAGCAGAUUCAUGGCCUGAUUUCCCCCAUAUAAUGGGAGGAAGAGAGAAGGGAGGAGGAGGAGGAGGAGGAGGAGAAGAAGAAGAAGAAGAAGAAGAAGAAUGGGAGAAGGGAAAGAUGAUGUUAGAAGCUCACUUGGAUUAUGUUUACACACAGAAUGAGAAGCCUUGAAUCAAAUUGAAUUUUCAAAGAUAUGUUUUAUUUAUGUACAUAUCCAAAUACUAAAAGGAUUAUUGCUGUUUUCAUCAUUUGACAUAUGAUAUUAUAUAGUUUUCUAUCGUUUACAUGGUUCUUUUUUUAUUA